AUCGGAGCCGCUUUUGCUUGGGUGACACUUUGGCGCUAAAAUGAAUUUGCUUUCAGUCUUUUGCUUGUGCAUUCUAACACGUCCUGAAGCUAGACGACACCGACAAAAGUUGCUGAAAAUGGGCAUCCCUGGGCUACUGCAGUUCAUCAAGGAUGCAGGGGAGCCGAUCAAUGUGAAGAAAUACAAAGGCCACACGGUGGCCGUAGAUACAUACUGUUGGCUCCAUAAAGGAGCGUUUUCCUGUGCCGAGAAACUUGCUAAAGGAGAACCGACUGAUCAGUAUGUCUGGUACUGUAUGAAAUAUGUGGACAUGCUGUUUUCCUUCGGUGUGAACCCAAUUCUUGUAUUUGAUGGACGCAAUCUACCUUCAAAACGAGAAGUGGAAAAGGCACGCAGAGCGCGUCGAGAAGCUAACCUUCAGAAAGGCCGGCAGCUGCUACGAGACGGUAAACUUUCCGAGGCUAGAGACUGUUUUACCCGCUGUAUCAACAUCACUCCAGCUAUGGCCCAUAAUCUCAUCAAGGUCGCAAGGGCAAGGGGAGUAGACUGCAUUGUGGCGCCAUAUGAAGCUGAUGCUCAACUGGCUUACCUGACUAAGACUGGUUUGGCUCAUGCAGUCAUCACAGAGGACUCUGACCUUCUAGCAUUCGGCUGUAAAAAGGUGAUCCUAAAAAUGGACAAGCAGGGUAAUGGCCUGGAGAUUGACCAGAGUAACCUGGGCCGAUGUCGCUCUCUGGGCAACAUUUUCACAGAGCAGAAAUUUCGUUAUAUGUGCAUCCUGUCCGGCUGUGACUACUUGGCCUCCCUGCAUGGUAUUGGCCUGGGCAAAGCAUGUAAACUGCUGAAAUUGGCAAAAGACCCUGAUAUCAUAAAGGUGAUCAAGAAGAUGGGCCAGUACUUGAAAAUGGAUCUCGUAGUCCCUCAAGAGUAUAUCGAUGGAUUUGUCAAAGCCAAUGAGACGUUUCUUUACCAGUUAGUAUUUGAUCCUGUCAAUAAGAAGCUUGUCCCUCUUAACCCGUAUGAAGAGGACAUCAACCCGGCUCGUCUCAGCUAUGCUGGGGUCCCUGUCGAAGAUGACACAGCCUUCCAAAUGGCACUAGGAAACCUUGACAUCAACACAAUGGAAAUGAUUGAUGACUUCAACCCAGAAAACCUUGCAACACAGCCCAUAAAACAUCGCAGCAGCAGCUGGAGUGAGAGGCUCAAUCCCACCGGGUUUAGCAUUUGGAGUAGUAGUAAGGCAACAGCUUUAGUACCAGCCCAGCCUGAUGGGUCCCCUGACAGGCCUCCAUCCACCAGGGGGAUGGAGAAAGUCAUCCACUUGGCUGGGGUCAAGCUUCCUGGCAAAAGUGUGCAAGUGAAGAGACUAAGAGAAGAUAGCAGUCUAUCAGACCAGGAUGUUCUGCAGCAGUACUCCUGUGGUGUGAAACGAUCCAAAUCCGACCCAGAGCCAGAAACGUCGAUACCAAUCGGUCAGCAGCGGCCGCGCAACCGCUUUGCCACACUCUUGCAGAGGAGGAACCAGGAUAUCCAGGACCAAGGCCAGGUCAUAAGCAGCAGAUUCUUUAGCAAUUCCAGUUCAACUGCCAGCAUUAUAAAGGAAUCUGCUCAGGUGGGUUUCGUUUAUAGUGGGGAGCCCAAAGCUACAAGCCCUGUUGAGCGCACAUUGGACUCCGACCACAACAACUCAGGCUCUGAAGGCCCAGAAGUCCCUUCGGUGAAAACACCCAGUCCGCCUGUUUCUUCAAAUGACACUUCCUCCAAUUCAGUCAGUCGUGGUCUGAAACUAUUUAACUGGUCAGCCAAUUCGCCCUUUAUCGAUAGAUCACAGACACUCAAGUCCACUUCAGGCCAUGAUGCCUUGCGGAAGUUUCAGUAUAAGAAGUCUGCCAAGUCCUCCAUUGACAGUAACCUAAAAAUGGACGACAACUUUAUGGACUCUCCUCCAAACCAGGACAGCACCUACUUUUCUCAAUCUCAGCCUUCCCUUGUUUCCUUAAACAAAGACGAAACAUCUGGACCCAACUCUUUUCAUCCCACACAUGUUGCAGGUCUAGCAAAGCCUAAGCACAAUAUUCUGGCUAAAGUCACAAAGGUGCAAGCAUUGGGCCCAGCUCGUGCCAGUGGAUUAAGGAAGAAAUCCUCCCAAAACAACGAGAACAACCCUGGUUCCCAAGCCACUAUUAGCAGCCUGUGGAAGAAUUACAGCUUCAAAAAGCCCACAUACUCAGACUUCGGCCAGCAUCGCUCCGGUCCGCCCAGCCCCGCCCCGCCUGCCAGCGGACUACGAUUCACAAUUCCCACUUGAAUACAGCUCUUAUCCCGCCCCCCCCAGACACGCAUGCACAAAAUGAAGAAGAGCACAUCUUUCAUGAGCUUUCUCGUUUUUAAGAGUUUUAUAAUGAACCAAAAAAAAAGGAUUUGGCAUCCUUCAUACAGUGUAUGACUGUGGGUCAGUCGGGUUACUUUUGUUUUUAAAAAUGACUGCUGCCCCUCUGCUAUGAAAUGACUAAACGGCAGGACUGUGCUCAACUCAGCUUUAUCUCAGACGCAUUCUCCUCUAGAGUGUUCAAUUUAAAGAGCCCUAACACAGCAGGCAAGUAGGAACUAAUAUUACACAUAGCAACAUAAAAUUUUGAAUAUAAAUACUGCAUCACGUUUGUAAAACUCAAUGCAUAACAAAAUAAUGUACCAUAUACUAGUAAAUUGAAAUGAGCAAAUAAAAUUUAAUAAAAUGAAUAAGUCACAAAAAAAAAUCAGGUUUACGAAUAUAACUUGGUCAGGAAAUGUGUUCAUAAAUAAGGCCCUGAAGAGCACAAACUUUAUUGUUUGCCAUAUCGUCAUUUGGUUAGAUUCUCUAUUGUUUUAAGUCGACAUCUCGUUCUGUCUACAAUGGGUGAAUAGAAUAGCCACGACCAAGUUAUUUCUUUAUUCAAUUUCAAAACAUUUGAUGUUGUAUCUUUUAACAUGUGUCAAGACAAACUCUAUGGAGGACCAAAUGAGACAGAAUGAAAUAGAUGGAUACAUCUUUAAAUCAUUACUAAAAUGGGAAUUAAAUAAAAGUUUAAUUACAUGUGUCAUUAUUUAUUUAGAAUACUCGUGUAUUUAAUGUUAAAAAGUCGUUAUUUCACUAAUUACUGCUUUCAUGGACAUUCAGCACUUCAUAAACUUAUUUUAUGCGUCAAACUCACCCUUCAAAGUGGGUGCGACUAACACCUGAUUGGGUCCCAGCACAUCAAGCCAAAACGGGUCGAUUUUAGAUAAACGAUCGAUGCAGAGUGAGUAAACAUACACACUAGGUGGCGCUUUACUCAGGUCAACAACCGGAGGGCAAGUGAGAGCAAGUUUUGAUCAUAAAUUCAUAAAUGGGAGUGCUGAUGAAGUGUCAUGCUCCACACUACACAGACGCAGAUUUUGUUAAAAAAAUUUUCGCACCUAGCCAUACAUUUCAUAUUAGAAUGAUGGGGAAAUGUAAAUUCAACGAAGCGUAGUUGAGUAAACAAUCCUUUCGCCUUUGGGUCAAACCAGUGGAUAGCAGUGUGUUCGAGACUUUUUGCAUCGUAUGCAAAAAAAAAAUUUUUUUAAUCAUCCAAGCACAUAACCAACAUGGAAGGAAAGAAACAUUCCCUCCAUUGCUAGCGUUUUUCAAUCUGCCUGUUCAAGCUAGCCAACUGCCCACAAGCCCGGAAAGACAGAAGCUAAAGCCAGCCAGCAAGCUGCUAAUGUAAGCUAAGCAACAGCAGCUAACACUAGCUGCUAGCGCUCCAGCCUUACAUCCUGCACACAUUCCACAUUCAAAAAACAGAAAAAAGAAAUCCGUGAAUUUUUGUCGAUAUGGCUGUGAAAUAGUUAUUAAGUUUUUUUUUUUUUUUUUUUAAAUAGUCUUAAUUAGGUCUUAAAAGUCUGUAAGACCUUAA